UGCAUGUGCUAAACAUAAAGGAAGGUGGGACCUUAAUAUAAAGAAAGGUAGGGAAUUAAUAUAGAGGAAGAGAGGGUUAAAUAUAGAGGGAGUGAGGACUUAAUAUGGACGUGAAUUAAAUCACACUGAACAAAUACAAAAAAAACAAUUCAAACUAUAUACUUAAAUUCAGUUAUUUAUUGAGUAUUAUUUGUUUCAACAGGAAACCAACAAAUUGAGAUGAAACUGAGCAAUGAAAGUGAAGAUGAUCACAUCGGAACAGCAAGUAAUGAGAAUGACACAGGCCUGAUUGAUAAUGUGAGCAUUGACAUUCAAGACGCAAACGAGACAGAAGUCACCACGGAACGUGAAACUGUGCUGCAUGAAUCAGAACUCACCAAUGAUGACAACGAUGCAACUCCCAGCCUGAAUGGUAAAGAGCAAAGAGAAACUAGCAAUGAGAUUUUGUGCAACAGCAGUGAAGCAACAAGCUAUCCUACCAACGAAGGAGAAAUCAUUCGCCAACAUAAAUUCUACAUUCAUGGCAUAUGGCUAGCCGUACAGAGUUCCUACUUCCGUUCCUUGUUUUUUGGUGGAAUGAAGGAAUCGAGCGCCACUGAAGUUCAUGUUCAGAUCUUGGAAAGCGAGGAACAAACUCAUUUGAUGUUAUUGGAAGCAAUGUAUAAAAUUGAUACAUUGGAUAAUGCUGGUGUUGAUGAACUUCUCGACGUUUUGAAACUUGCUCAUAAAUACGAUGUGAAAUUCGUAUUCAAGAAAGCUAAAUAUUGCUUACAAGCUGCAGUGGUUUCCCUUGAUACUUGUGAGAAGAUUAUGCAUUUUAUUAAGGUUGAUAAUACUAUCACAGAUGUUGACGAUCUUGCAAGCACACUGCAGUCCUUUCUUGCAAAAGAAUUCAGCCCCUUAGAUAAAAAAUGGCAGACAACAAGUUUUAAAGAGCUGUGUGAGCCUUCGGUGCGGUAUCUGCUAAGUAGUAAUGAACUAGUUCCAGAUAGCGAAAAUACUAUUUUUCACGCAUUAAUGCAUUGGAUCGAGCAACGUGGAAUUGAGAGUGUCUUGGAAAGUGAAGGAAUGCCACCACUACUGUCUGUUGUCAGAUUUGAAUUGAUGUCUAUUGAUUAUCUGUACAAUAUUGUACAGCAUAAUGCUGUUGCCAAGAAGUUUGCAGAUUUCCAUGACCAUUAUUUAAGAGGAAUAAGUUAUCAUGCACUGUCAAAUGAGAUUAGGCAAACCCUACAUAAUCAACCUGUGAAGAGGAAACUUCAAGGUUGUGUAUUUGGUACAGGUGUGUCCAUUCCCUGCAACAGCUACAUCUACACAUGGGUGAUACCAAGAGAUAAACUGGAUACACUGGUUGGAAUUGACAAAGAGCUGAAAUCAGAUGAAUUUUGGUACUGUGGUUAUAGAAUAGUUUUGACAAUCAGUCAUGUUCAAAAAGUUGAUGGUCGCAGAGGAAAUAACAAAGAGAUGUUCAGUGCUAAACUUUCUUUAGAAAUUAUUAAUCUAAAACAGCAUAGUGUUGUUGUGAUUUCAUGGAGUGCAAAGAGUGAGGCUAACAAUUGUAAAAGUGGUGAUAAGAGACACACUUUCAAAAAUGGUAAUCGUAUAUCAUCUCUUGAUAUACGUUAUGGAAUAGAAGUCCAGCAACAAAUAUCAUCUACCCCUGCAACUGGGUUAUUCAGUAGUUCAAUAGCACCUGCAUCAUCUGGUUUUGGUACAACAACUGCAUUUACUUUUAGCAGUGCAGUGACUGCAGUCCAGCCCACUGAGCCAAAUAUUACAGCAAGAUUCAGUUUUGGCAAUGCACCCAGUACAAACACAAUGGAAACAAGCACACCAGCUUCAGUUGCAAACCAAGAAAUUCCUAAUACACCAUGCGUGUCCAUUGAUGUAAAGAUGAAUCUGGUAUAGAGUGCACACCUUGGCACGAGAUGAACUCAUAAUUAAUUAAUUAUUCACAAUUUUAUCAUAUAUAUGUUUAGUACAGCUGAGUUGAAUAUAAAUAUUUUUAUGUUAAAAUUCAAGAACUGCCACAGGAACAAUUAGUGAAAUUCAUAGAAGUAAACAAGAAGUAAAUUGUGUCAUGAAGAAAAAACAAUCAUCACCUAACAUUGAUAUUGUAAUACAAAGAAGUAAUAUAUACAUUGCAAAGCACAAUGGUGUCAAUGUAAAUUAUGAUACAAAUCAC